AUGAGUACAAAGAGAAAAAACAUUGAUUUUUUAAAUGACCAAUUACAAGAUGAUAAUAGUAGUAGUAGUGAAGAAGAAGAAGGAGAAGAGAAUAAUGAAUAUAAAAUUAAUGAAGAACAAGAAGAAAUUAAAGGAAAUAUUGAAUUUGGAAACUUUAUAAAGAAAACAAUAAAACAGAAAAAGAAAUUAAAAGAAAAACAAGAUAAAGUUGGUGCCUCUGAUAUAAGAGGUUUCUUAAGUAGAGGUAUAAAACCACCACCACCACCACAAUCUCAACAACAACAAAAUGGUGCAACCAAAAAAGUAGAUAUGCCAGAAUUUUUAUUUAAAAGUUCAUUUCCAAAUUAUGAUAUUAAAAGUAAAUCUAAUGAAAUUGAAAAUGUUGACGAGGAUGAAUCUGGUGAUGAUAUAUUUUUAAAAUUUAAACAAGAAAGAGAUGAAAAACUGGCAAAAUCAAAAAUGGAUCAUUUCGUUGAUAUUUCAAAUGAUAAUAACAAAAAUAAUAAAAAUAUUCCCACAAAUAAUAGUAUUAAUAAUAAUAAUAAUAAUAAUAAUAAUAAUAAUAAUAAUAAUAAUAAUAAUAAUAAUAAUAAUAAUAAUAAUAAUAAUAAUAAUAAUAAUAAGAAAUCAAAAAAAAGUCAACCACAUAAACCUAAAGAAGAGAAUUCAGAUGAUUCUUUAGAUGGAUUAGAAGAUUUUUUUAUUCCUAAAAGGAAUAAUAGUUCAAAUAAUAUAGUUGGAGCCAAUAGCAAUAGCAAUAGCAAUAGCAAUAGCAAUAGCAAUAGCAAUAGCAAUAGCAAUAGCAAUAGCAAUAGCAAUAGCAAUAGCAAUAGUAAUGUUUCUACCAACAAUAACUUUAGUAUAGUUAGUGCUAAUAAUAAUUCAAACAAUAACCACAAUAGUAGAACCGGACUUGCCAAUACUAAUAAUAAAAAUAACAAUAAUAUUAGCCAAAAUGGUAGUAUUUUUUCUAAAAGAGAAACAAGAAGAGGAACACUACCUAUAUUUAUUGAAGAUGAAGGUGAUUUUGAAUUUGAAACUUUAAAAAGAAAUCCUGGAAGCUUAGAUGAUAAUAAUAUAAAUAAUUAUCUAAACAAUAAUUUUAAUAAUAAUAAUAAAAAUAAUAAUAAUAGUAAUAAUAACAGUAAUAAUAAUAAUAAUACCGAUAAUAAUAAUAAUAAUAUUGAAUAUGAAGCUGAUUUUGAAUUUGAAACUUUAAGAAGAAAUCCCAACAGCUUAGAUAAUAGAAAUAAAAAUAAUAAUUAUCCUAGUAAUAAUAAAAAUAAAAAUAAUAAUUUUAUUAAUGGUAUCAAAAAUAGUAAUAGUAAUAAUAAUAAUAAUAAUAAUAAAAAUAACAAUAAUAAUAAUAAUAGUAAUAAUAAUAAUAAUAAUAAUAAUAAUAAUGGAAAUAAUCAAGAACUCAGUAAAAAAGAAAAGAUAGAAAGACAAAUUGAAAAGGUUAAUAAUUUGAAAUUAGUUGUGGAUAAAUUUGAAGAACAAUACAAAGAAAAGUUUGCAGAACUUCAAAAAGAGAUGGAAAUACUCGAUCAACUUUUUUAA